AUGUUGCAAACUUCGUUAGCUAUAGAGAAGCCAAGAGCCAAAGAUCUUUUUUGUAUAUUUAGCUUAAUAGCUAACAAAUAUAGUAAACUCAGAUUAAGACCCUGUAAAACAAAGGAAAAGCAAACCUGGAGAUAUGCUGAUACAGCAACCACUACUUAUCAGCUUAAAUCAUAUGUGGAUUAUAUACCUGAACUUAAACUUUAUUUGUAUUCACACUCGAUUUGUGAAAACAUUAUAACCAACUCUGAUGAUUUUGUUCAUGAAGAAAAUGAUGAAUUGUAUACUAAAACAAGGUGUAUGGAAAGUUAUGAGCGUACAAUUGCAGCAUUGCAGCAGCUAGAAGAGCACAAUGAAGUUAUAGCUUAUUUAAAGAAUUUAUUUAGUAGUGAAUUUAAUAAGAAUAAGAAACUAGUUGAGCAAUGGGAUUCUCGAUACUCUGAUCAAGAUAA